CUGGCCGGUCUUGUGUGAGGCUCUUGGAAGGGAAACGGCCUGUCAUGGCGGCGCAUGGAGGCGGAGGCUGGUUCUUACCUGUGGCUUUGGGCGUCACGUUCCUCAAGUUGCUUCUCAUCCCGACGUAUCACUCCACAGAUUUUGAAGUACACAGAAAUUGGCUUGCCAUCACCUAUAGCUUGCCAGUCUCUCAGUGGUAUUAUGAGGCAACCUCUGAGUGGACCUUGGACUACCCUCCUUUCUUUGCAUGGUUCGAGUAUGCACUUUCACAUGUUGCCAAAUAUUUUGACAAAGAGAUGCUGAUGGUUCAAAAUCUCAACUAUUCCAGCCAUGCCACUGUUCUGUUCCAGAGGUUGAUCUUACAUUCCAGGUUCCUAUGCAUUUUCUUUUGUUUCAGGUGCUGUAAGUGUGUCAGUUGGAAGCGAGGGGGAAAGGAGCCUCUGGAGAACCCUCCCUUUGUUCUUUCAGUUCUUCUGUUAUGGAACUUUGGGCUCUUAAUUGUGGACCAUAUUCACUUUCAGUAUAAUGGGUUCCUGUUUGGAUUCAUGCUCCUUUCUAUUGCACGACUAUUCCAGAAAAGGCACUUAGAAGGCGCUUUUCUCUUUGCCGUCCUCUUGCAUCUCAAGCACAUCUACCUCUAUGUCGCCCCAGCGUAUGCCAUGUACCUGCUCCGAUCUUACUGCUUCACAGCAAAUAAUCCAGAUGGAUCCGUUCGGUGGCGCAGCUUCAGCUUCCUGCGCUUAACUGCCCUGGGGUUAAUUGUUUGCUUAGUUUCUGCACUUUCAUUGGGACCAUUCAUUGCUUGGGGGCAGCUUCCACAGGUCUUGUCUCGUCUUUUCCCUUUCAAGAGAGGCCUUUGUCAUGCAUACUGGGCUCCUAACUUUUGGGCAAUCUACAAUGCAGUAGAUAAAGCUGUCUCCAUUAUUGGCUUGAAAUACGAAUUCCUCAGCCCUGCAAAGGUUCCCAAAGCUGCCAUGACAGGAGGGCUGGUCCAGGAAUUUCAGCACACCGUCCUACCUUCAGUGACCCCCUUGGCCGCUCUAACCUGUACUGCCAUCUCUAUGCUGCCCUCUGUUUUCUGUCUUUGGUUUAAACCCCAAGGGCCCAGAGGCUUCCUGCGGUGCUUGGUUCUCUGCGCAUUGAGCGCCUUCAUGUUCGGCUGGCACGUGCACGAGAAAGCAAUCCUCCUUGCCAUUCUCCCUUUAAGCUUACUCUCUGUGGAGAGAUCAAGAGAAGCUAACCUCUAUCUGGUUCUGGCGACUACAGGACAUUUUUCCCUUUUUCCGCUGCUGUUCACAGCACCAGAACUGCCGGUUAAAAUACUGCUCAUGCUGCUGUUCACAGUCUACAGCUUCUCCUCUUUGAAGGCCGUAUUCAGGAAGCAAGGGCCCCUGCUUAACUGGCUGGAAACAAUCUACCUCACUGGGCUGAUACCUCUAGAAAUCUUCUGUGAAAUCGUAUUUCCUUUCACAGCCUGGAUGCCAAAGUUUCCUUUCCUCCCUUUAAUGCUCACCUCUGUAUAUUGUGCACUAGGCAUCAUGUACGCUUGGCUCAAACUGUAUGUGUCUGUUUUCAUGGGACCACCAGCUGUCAAACGAAAAGAAGAAUAAGGUUUACAGUGGACUAAAACCCUACGAACUCUUCCAGAAAAUUAACAAAGUGGAGGCUGUGCCCUGAAUGCUAGUGGAUGCUGCCUCCUGCUCCAGAAAUUUCCUCACUAGGGUUUUUUUUUAAAUCUGUGAAGCAACAAAGUGGUUUGGACAUACACUUAAAGAUAUUGGGGAAAUGUCCAGUAUGGGAAGGACAAAGUCUGUUGGAGAGGGGAGCUGUUUACAAAUGACUUCUAAUUAGAUUUUUAAAAAUGGAAUCUGGCUUUUUGAAAUCUUCUGGUUGAGUCACUUCAACUACGAUUGAUUGGACUGGAUGGGUCUAGGCUUGCUUAUAAGGUUUAUAAGACCAUGGGUCCCAAGAAAAGAAACUUGAGUACAAUCAUGCAUAAAGAAAGAUGUAAAUAAAUUGCUCAUUUUUGUAUACA